CCCUCGCUGCGGUGAAAAGUGACCAGGAUUUGGCAGAUGCAGGCGGACGAAAUGGAGGUACCUAUUAAUAAUAUUAAUAACAGCAACAAACAGAAGCCUCUUCCCAAAGUGAAAGAACUGUUCAAGAAUCAGCGAAAGGAUUCGGAGGGCUCGGUGGAGUCGCCCAACCUGGAGUUCGAGUAUGGGGACACUGACAGCCUGACGGCGGAACUCUCCGAGCUCUACAGUUACACAGAGGAGCCGGAGUUUGGCCUCAACAGGGAUUGCUUUGAAGAGGAUUUCAGAAGUCAAGUGAAGGGGAAGAAGUGGGUCGAGCUGGGCCUCCCUGAGCAGAAGGCCUACGUGAUGAGGCUGCUGGACACGCUGGAGGUGACCAAUCGGGAGAAGAGGCUGAAGGUGGCCCGUGCUGUGCUCUACCUGGCUCAAGGGGUAUUCGAUGAGUGCGACACAGAGGUGGACGUGCUCCAUUGGUCCCGGCACAACAUCUUCCUGCUGUAUGACAUGGGAACCUUCACUGCCCUGCUGGAGUUGCUCAGCAUGGAGAUUGAUAAUAACCAGGCUUGCAGCAGUGCGGUGAGGAAGCCAGCCAUCUCACUCGCCGACAGCACCGAACUCAGGGUCCUCCUCAGCAUCAUGUACCUGAUGGUGGAGACGAUUCGCGUGGAGACGGAGGACGACCGGCCGGAGUGGAAGACCGCUAGAGAGACCUUCAAGACAGAGCUUGGGUCCCCUCUGUACAACGGAGAGCCCUUCGCUCUGCUGCUCUUCACCAUGGUCAACAAGUUCUGCAGCAUGAACGCGCCCCACUUCCCCAUGAAGAAAGUGCUGCUUCUGCUCUGGAAGACCAUUCUGUUCACCCUCGGUGGCUUCGAGGACCUGCAGGAGAUGAAGGUCCGUCGGCGCGAGCGGCUCAACCUGCCCCCCCUCCCGGAGGACAGCAUCAAGGUGGUGCGCAGCAUGAGGGCGGCCUCGCCCCCCGCCUCCGCCAUGGAGCUGAUCGAGCAGCAGCAGCAGCAGAAGAGGGGCCGCCGCAGCCGCAGGACGGCCUUUGUUGAUAGCUUGGAAGGAGACAGUCCCUUUGCCAGGAAGCAGCCCCUGGUGAAGCAGGACAGCCUGGACACCUACAAUGAGCGCGACCCCUUCAAGAACGACGACGCGCGCGACGAGGAGGAGGACAGCGACGAGGCCGACAGCGGCAUCGAGGGCGAGGUGGACCCGCUGGACCGGGACGUGAUCAUCCAGCCCCCGCCCCCUCUCCCGCUGCUGCGUCCUCCAACUGAGCGGCUGUCCUUCCCCAAGGGCCUGCCCUGGGCCCCCAAAGUCAGAGAGAAGGACAUUGAGCACUUCCUAGAGACCAGCAGAAACAAAUUCAUCGGCUUUACCCUUGGAAAUGACACAGAAACCUUGGUUGGUCUGCCAAGGCCCAUCCAUGAGAGCGUGAAGACCCUUAAACAGCACAAAUACAUCUCCUUGGCAGAGGUGCAGAUCAAGAGAGAGGAGGAGCUGCAGCAAUGCCCCAUGACUAUGGGAGAGGAGGAGGUGGAAGACACGCCCACAGAGACCCUGUACUUGGGGAUGCUGCCCAACCUCUCCCAGUAUGUGAUAGCUCUGCUGAAGCUGUUGCUGGCUGCAGCUCCUACCUCCAAAGCCAAGACGGACUCCAUUAACAUCCUGGCAGACGUCUUGCCAGAGGAGAUGCCGGUCACAGUCCUCCAGAGCAUGAAGCUGGGGAUCGAUGUGAACAGACACAAGGAGAUUAUCGUAAAGGCCAUCUCCGCUCUGCUGCUACUCCUGCUGAAGCACUUCAAGCUCAACCACAUCUACCAGUUCGAGUUCGUCUCUCAGCAUCUGGUGUUCGCCAACUGCAUACCCCUCAUCCUCAAGUUCUUCAACCAGAACAUUAUGUCCUACAUCAGUGCCAAAAACAGUAUCUGUGUACUGGACUUCCCUCAUUGUGUGGUUCACGAGAUGCCUGAACUCACAGCUGAGAGCCUGGAAGCUGGCGACAGCAACCAGUUCUGCUGGCGGAACCUGUUCUCCUGUAUUAAUCUGCUGAGGAUUCUCAACAAACUGACCAAAUGGAAGCACUCCAGAACCAUGAUGCUGGUGGUCUUCAAGUCUGCUCCCAUCCUGAAGAGGGCGCUGAAGGUAAAGCAGGCCAUGAUGCAGCUCUAUGUCCUCAAGCUGCUCAAGAUCCAGACCAAGUAUCUGGGACGGCAGUGGAGGAAGAGCAACAUGAAGACCAUGUCCGCCAUCUACCAGAAGGUGCGGCACCGGCUCAACGACGACUGGGCCUACGGAAAUGACAUCGACGCGCGGCCCUGGGACUUCCAGGCCGAGGAGUGCGCCUUGAGGGAGAGCAUCGAGAAGUUCAACAGCCGCCGCUACGACAAGAACCAGAACGGCGACUUCGUCCCCGUGGACAACUGCCUGCAGAGCGUGCUGGGACAGCGGGUGGAGCUCCCGGAGGACUUCCACUACAGCUACGAGAUGUGGCUGGAGAGGGAGGUCUUCUCUCAGCCCAUCCAGUGGGAGGAGCUUCUGCAGGCCCAGUGAGGGGGCGGGGCUUAAACCCCCUCCCUACAGUAGGUACAAUUCAUGUGUCAAGAGCAAGCUGCACCCACACCUCGAGUCACCUUGUGGGUUGACAGUCAGCCCACAUACACCACCCAACAUGUGCCUACUACUCAUCUCCUCUCUUGCAUAUACAGAUAUUUACAUUACUUUAAAAAAUGUUCUUCUUCUGUACCAUAUUUCUCAAUAUAGAGUGCUGAAAGUAAAAGGGCAAUCCAGUGUAAGUAGAUUUACAUCAUGAUUUUACAGUAUGUUCCCUCUCAUGGUGAAAGAGCUUCGAUUUAUAUUCAUCUUUAUAGGCUGCCUGCAUCCUUUGCAUCAUUUGUCCAAUGCCAGAAUACAUAAUUAGGUUUACAACACUUACAUUUCUGUUAUUUAAUACUUUCCUUUCUCCAUCAUUGUUGUGAUGUUUUUGCAUAUAAAUUAUUGUCAUUGAUUUGACAAUAAUCUAUAAUCUCACAGAGAAUGGUGGACAUAAGAUCAGAGGUUUAAAGUAUUUAAGCCAGCAGCUAUUGCCAACUGUUUUUUUUUUUUUGAUAGAAAGGUAGGUACUAUCACCAUUUUUGUUGUUCCUGGUCUUUAAAUGAAAAGAAGUGUGUUAUU